AUGGAAACAAAGAAAAAAGUGGAAAGGGUUUUCAGAGAGUAUGAUGAAUCAAUAGUAUACACUAAAAGUAUAUUUCUUUUAGAAAGACCAAUUGAAUUAUCUGUAUUGUUUGCAGUUACUUUAUUGGUUACCUAUAAAAUUUAUCGUUCUGAUGUUCCUUUUUUCUCAUUAAUAUUUCUUUUGAUUGCAAUUUAUUUUCUUUUGCAAUUAUUGUUUAUUAAUUAUAAAUAUAUUUCAAAAUAUAUUCCAACUAACAAAUUUAAAUAUGAUAACACUGAUUUAAUUAGUUUCAUUGUAGAACUAAUACUAUGGAUAGAUAAGUCUUUAAUUGAAAUUAAAAAAUCAAGAGAUUCAAACCAUAAUAGAUAUUCUUAG